AUGUACGCAAGUACGAGUAGUAAAAGACCAAAAGGCCGCGGUCGAAGAAAGAUUGAGAUCAAGAAAAUAGAGAACCAACGGAAACGAUGGGUAGCUUUUUCUAAAAGGAAGAAGGGUUUACUAAAGAAAGCUGCCCAAUUAUCAAUGCUGAGUGGGGAAGAGAUUGGUGUUAUCAUAAUUUCAGAACAAGGAAGGGUUUAUACUUCUGAGAAUGCUGAUUGUGUUGUUGAACGUCUUCUGCUCUCUCAAAACAUUAUCAAAGAUGAUGAUAAUGAUGAUAAUGAUGAUGAUGUUGAUGAUGACAUGAUUGAUGAUGACGACAUGAUUGAUGAUGAUGAGAAAGACGAUGAUAAUCAAGGUGGAUUUUGGUGGAACCAUCCGGUUGAUUUUGUGAAGAUCAAUGAUGGGAAACAGAAUUUAGCACAGAUUAAUGAAGAUGGAGAGAAUUUGCAAGGUUUGAUGAAGAAAGAAGAAGAUAGAAUGAAGAAGAUGAAGAGUAUAAACUGCUUGAUUGAUCUAAAUAAAGCUCCUGAUGAGCAGUUUUCUUGA